GUGGAUAGUAAGGGGUCCCGCACGCCACAAGCAGAGGGUCUGUGUCAAGAGCGGCGGUGGCUGCAGGAGGCGAGAGAGAAGGAAGAAGGAAAGGUGCUGCCCAAAGAGGGCACUGAACAGGCUGGAAAGGGUGUGACUGGUCCUCUGGGUAAAGAGCGCAGCAGCAUCAGAGGCCAGACUGAGGAGGGCUGUCUCUCUCCUGUAGAUGCCUGGCCGCCGUGGGGCAUGUGUCAGCUUCAGAGGCACAGGCUCAUUGAAGACUGAGGCAUAAACACUGGAUCCUGACUUGCUUACUGAUAGAGUCUGGCACUGUCUUCCCUGGUAUGGCAGAGGUGGUGGCUGAGGUGGCUGACAUGGCCGAGAUGCCGACACAGAUGUCACCAGGAGCCGUGGAGAUGUCAAUACCGAUGUUCGGGGAGAUGACAGAAAUGUCAACAGAGUUGGCUGAAUUGAAACCUGGGGAGGCCCUUGCCUCAUCCCUCUUCUUCCAGCACCACCAGUUCAUGUGCUCUGAGUGUGGCAGCCUCUAUAACACACUGGAGGAAGUCAUCUCACACCAGGAGCAGCAUGUGCCCACUGGCACAGAGGAGGAGGCGCUGACUACCCUGGACACUGGCCUGGAGCCAGAACUAGUGCCAGGUACUGAGGAUGGGCCUUUCCAGUGUGGUGAGUGCAGCCAGCUCAUCCUUUCCCGCUGCGAGCUCCUGGCCCACCAGGACACCCACCUCCGGGAGUCUGCAAGCCAGAUCCAGUACCAGUGUGGGGACUGCCAGGAGCUAUUCCCCUCGCCCGAGCUGUGGGUGGCUCAUAGAAAAGCCCAUCACCUUCCCAGUGCAGCAGCCGAACCACCAGUGCCGCCUCCUCUGCCUCCCCCAACACCACCACCUCCACCCCCUGCUCCACCCGAAGUCAGGAUGGAGCCAUACGAGUGUCCUGAGUGUUGUACCCUCUGUGCCACCCCUGAGGAGUUCUUGGAGCACCAAGGCACCCACUUUGACUCCCUAGAGAAAGAGGAGUGCAAUGGCCUAGAAGAGGAGGAGGAAGAUGAGGAGGAUGAAGAUGAUGAAGAGACAGAGGACGAGGAGUCAGCGGCGCCAGUGGCAGAGGUUGGUGGCAGUACUGUGGGAGGUGACAAGUCCAUGGCCGGCUGGGCCCAGGGCUGUGGGGAUUGUCCUCAACACUGGACUUCAGCAGGGGCGCGCCGGCGACACCGGCGGACAUCCCGUGCCUCAGCAUCAGCGGCCCACCCCUUCCGCUGUAGCCAGUGCCAGCGCAGCUUUAGCUCAGCAAACCGGCUGCUGGCUCAUGGGCGGGCCCACGUUGGUGGCACACACGAGUGUCCAACCUGCUUCAAGGUCUUCAAGAAAGCAGCUUCACUGGAGCAGCACCUGCGGCUGCACCGUGGGGAAGCCCGCUAUCUCUGCAUGGACUGUGGUCGUGGCUUCAGCACAGAACUCACGUUGGUGGCCCACCGGCGGGCCCACACCGCCAACCCAUUGCAUCGCUGCCGCUGCGGCAAGACAUUCAGCAACAUGACCAAGUUCCUCUACCACCGGCGCACCCAUGCAGGCAAGAGCGGGGCGCCCCCCACUGCAGCAGCAGCCUCCCCAGCUCCAGCCAAGCCCCCACCCCCGCCUCCACCCCCAGCUCCUCCUGCCCAGCUACCUUGCCCUCAGUGCUCCAAGUCCUUUGCCUCAGCCUCCCGCCUCUCCCGGCACCGGCGCACAGUUCACGGGCCCCCUGAGCGGCGACACUGCUGCGGGGUUUGCGGCAAGGGCUUCAAGAAGCUGGUCCAUGUGCACAACCACCUGCGGACACACACAGGCGAGAGGCCCUUCCAGUGCCACUCCUGUGGCAAGACCUUUGCUUCUCUGGCCAACCUCAGCCGCCACCAGCUGACCCACACAGGCGUGCGUCCCUACCAGUGCCUGGACUGUGGCAAGCGCUUCACACAGAGCUCUAACCUGCAGCAGCACCGGAGGCUGCACUUGCGGCCGGUGGCGUUCGCCCGCGCACCCCGUCUCCCCAUUACUGGUCUCUACAACAAGAGCCCCUACUACUGCGGGACCUGCGGCCGCUGGUUCCGAGCCAUGGCGGGCCUGCGACUGCAUCAGCGGGUCCAUGCCCGAGCUCGGACGAUGGCUCUGCAGCCCAGAUCACCGCCUUCUGACCCACCCCCGCCUCCUGAGCCUCAGCAGACUAUCAUGUGCACCGAGCUCGGGGAGACCAUCGCCAUCAUCGAGACGUCCCAGCCACUGGCACUUGAAGACACGCUGCAGCUGUGCCAGGCAGCACUGGGGGCCAGUGAAGCAAGUGGGCUGUUGCAGUUGGACACGGCCUUUGUGUGACACAGCUAAGCGUAACAAUAAGUUUGGUGGCAACAGCAAGUGUGGGUACCUGUGAGGAAAAAAGGGACUACCCCCUGGCAAGCCACUCUGGCCCCCACCGGGUACCAGGAUCCACCCUGACAUCUUACCCACUGACUCCUCAGAACAGCCCUGCCAGGUUUCUCAUCACCUUUUUCUGCCCGAGGGGAGACUAAAGGUCUGAGAUGUGAGAACUCAGGUCACCCCAUUGCAUUGCAAAGCAGAGUUUGCCAAGGCUCUUUGCUCUGUAUCACCCUCCUAUCCAGCGACACCAGGUAACCCUUCCUGAGCCCCAGCUGUGUGCCAGGUCUGUGCUGGGCACUGUUCCAUACCUCUUCAGGUUCUCUGCUUGUCCCCCCAGCCCUAAUGUUUUCUGGACUCUAGGCACCCAGGACUCGGCUCUGCCUGGUGGAGGAAGACACUUGACUUCUCUGGGCUUCCUUAACCUCAUUUUUGACCCAUGUGGAAGAAAACCCUAUAAGUGCCCAGGUGCACAGCUGCAGACUGGGUGAUGCCGGAGACACAGGAGUGAGUCAGACACGGGCUCUGCCCAGGAGGCCCACAGUGUGAUAGGAACACGCACAAGUACAGAUGGCCUUGCUCUCUGA